AUGCCUUACAAUACGACAGCGAUUCCGCCCAGAAAAGAGCCGACUGGGCAGACUCAGCUUCCUUUGUCCAGGGUGAAAAAGAUCAUCGGCCAAGAUCCAGAUGUAGCUAUGUGCUCCAACAAUGCUGCCUUUGUCAUUACCUUGGCUGCAGAGAUGUUCAUUCAGCAUCUCGCCAACGAGGCUCACACCCAAGCCAAGCUAGAUAAGAAGCCACGCAAGAACAUCCAAUACAAGGAUGUCGCCAACGCAGUGGCGCACCAGGACAGUCUUGAAUUCCUGGAGGACACUGUCCCCAAGACGAUACCUUUCAAAAAGGCCAUGGCCCUGGCCAAAAUCACACAAGCCCGCCUUCGCGGUGAAAACGUCACCUCGGACGAGGGGCUCCAGUCCACGCAGGACGCGCCGCCCAACGGGAACGGCAACACCUUUGUGAAUGGGGAUCGAGCUGCCUUUAGCGUUGCUUUGCGGUCAGACGACAGGUACGAGCCGAAUGACCAGCUGGAACUCGAGAUGAGGCAGGCGGCCGAGCCCAGGAACCAUGACGUCCGCAUGGGUGGUCAGUAG